CAUAUUCCCACAUAGGUUGGAGCUUAAGAGCCUACAGGGUAGCAGCAGCGUUAGUUCGCGCGCGCCCUUUACGUUACCUCCCCGGAACUUUCCGGGUCGACCCAAAUCAGUUCUGUCGAAAGACGCACAACACAGCAACUGAGAGGUACAGCAAGUAGCUAACGUCACAGCAAUGGCGUCCAAGGCUCUGCUGCUGGCGCUGCUUGGCGCCGUGGCAGUCCUUGGCGUGACCGCCGAGGAGCUCAGCACUUCCGGCAGGUCACUGCUAGCGACUGGCUUCCCCUACUGCGCUUGCGACAACAAGGCGAAGCACAGCCCUUACCGUCUUACCACGGCCCCCUCUGUUUCCUAUAUGGGCCAGACUUGGAUGUGCUUCACCCUGUACCUGAACGCCACCGGAACUAGCUGCUCUCUGCCUGCGGGCUCGCGCCCUGCUUGCUGCGAUGCCAACCUGUACAAGCUUGAGUUCGACGUUGACCCCGCCUGCAAGGGCACCUCUGACUUGGCUCUGCUGUUCAAGGGCUACAACACCGUCGUUGAUGGCGUGACCAUCCAGGAGACCGUGAAGACGAUUAGCAUCGAGGUCCUCGACAGGACCCCUGCUGCCGCCGUCCUGCGCAUUUCUAAGGGCCUCGAGAUGCCCCAGGCCGUCCUUGCAAGUUUCUCCUCCGGUCUGCCUGUGUGCUUCAACCGCAAGCCCGGCUUUUGCACCACCACCCAGCUCUUCAUGUCGCCCGACUCCGCUACCUACGCCCUCUUCAACACCAACAAGAACUGCUGCCCCAGCGGACUGGCUGGCCCCCUCAACCCUCCCGACCAACCCAAGCCCAACACCUACCCUUCUCCUCCUGCUGCUCCCCUGCCUCCUUCUCCCGAGCCUCCUUCUCCGUCUCCCAUGGCUGGCAAGAGGUCCCCGCCG